AUGGUAUCAGACGACGCGUUCGAUCCGCGCCGUGCUUCCGCCUCCUCUGUCGUCGUCGCGUCGGCCUCCGCCGCCGUGCCGCCUCCGUCAACCCUGGCGAUGGACUCGCCGUUCAUGGCGUCCGCACCACUCGCCUGGGCCCGUCCGGGAUCGCACCCGCCUGCGUCCCGAUCGCCCGCACCCCGAUCUCCAGCGAUCCCACCUGCCUGCGAUGCGUCCCUGGCGCGCGCCUCCUCCGACCCUGCGCAGCUCCCUCGGGAUGCAUCUGGCGCUGCUGCGGGGCUGCCCUACGCUGGGACUCAGGCCCAUGAUGCGAUCUACGUCGGGACUCAGCUGCCCCGUGAUGCAUCUGGCGCUGCACGGCUGUACACCGGGACUCAGCCCCAUGCUGUGUCGCCCUACGCCGCCGGGUCUCAUGCGCAUGCUGCGGCGCCGGCCUCAGGCCCCCACAGUGCCCCCGCCCAGGUGCCCUACGGCGGGCCGUAUCCAGCGCCGUACGUCACGCCGUCGUCGUCGCCGUAUGUCGCGCCGGCACCGUAUGCUUCAUCCUCCGCGGUGCCCUACGAGGCGCCGUAUGGCGCGCCCGUCGCGUCGCUGCAGCCCUACGGCGUACCUCCUACGGCGCCCUACGGUCAUCACCAACACUACCGUACGUCUCCGCCGGCCGAUGCGCUGAUUCCGUACAGUGCUCCUCCGACGUACGACUCGCAGCUCUCCGCAUCGGUGGCUGACCCAGGACCUUUCCACUUCGCUCACCUGGUGACGGUGAAGCUCUCUGCUGACAACUACCUCCUGUGGCGCGCUCAGGUGUUACCGCUGAUGCGUAGUCACUACCUUGAGGGGUAUGUCGAUGGUACGCUGUCAUGUCCCCCGGCCAUGGUUCCGGUGCCCUCGGCCGCUGGUGGCUCCGUCAUGGUGUCCAACCCUGCUCAUCGUCGGUGGAUCGCUCAGGAUCAAGCUAUUCUGGGUGCCAUUCAGUCCUCGCUCACACCCUCCAUGGCCGGCAUGGUGGUCUUUGCCGCGACGUCGAGGGAUGCAUGGGCCAUUCGUAACCAGCUGGGUGAGGUCAAGAAAAAAUGA